AACCCGAACAUUCAUGAAAGCAACAGAAGCUAGCUAGCUAGCUAGUAGCGAAGUGCCCCUCGCGCCGGAGAACAUGGCCGCAUCGUCGGAAUCCGACAUCUUGUCAAACCAGAAUUCCCGGCUUCCAGACGACACCGUUUUCUACGCAAUCUUCCCAGACUUCUCACUGAACUCCAAUCCUACCCCUGAUCUCUCCUCCUCCCUCCAAUCCCUCCACCUCCAAGUCCUCCAAACUAUCUCUUCCUUCACCACUGACUACCUAUGGCAGCACGAGCCCUUCGCUCUCUCACUCUCUUCCCUCCCUAAACCAUCCUGCUUCUGCUCCUCCCAUCUCCCCCACCUCCACGGCAAGCUCCGCUUCGGCGACAACCUCGACGACGAGUGGUUCGCCGUGUUCCUCCUCUUCCAUAUUUCAACGAGCUUCCCCUCCCUCUCGAUCCGAGUCUGGGACACCGACGGCGAGUUCUUGCUCAUCGAGGCCGCAUUCCACCUGCCCCGCUGGCUCAACCCCGAGAACAGCCUCAACCGCGUCUUUAUUCGGCAGGGCCAUCUCCAUAUCGUUCCCAAGGACCGGAUUCCGAGCCCAACCCUGGAAGACUCCCUGAGAUUCAUCUUCAAUCGCGGCGAAGAAUCGAGGGCGUCGGAGACGAUUCAGUCCUCGGUGAAGAAUAGAAUAUCAGAUUAUCCGGAGAGAGCCACGAGGAACAUGCAUUCCGUUAGGGUUAGGGUUCCAGUGUCCGUGGCGCAGGUCUUGAAGCACGAGCCCUGCUUGAUUUCCCUGGCGGUGGAGGGGUUCUACGAUCGCGACAUCGACGCCAUGAAGCACGCGGCGAGAAUGGAGAGAUUCUUGCCCAAAGGAAGAGAGGAAGAGCUGGUCUGCGUUUCGGUGAAGAUGUCAAGGGCAAUGUACGCUCAAUUGGUGCAACAGACCUUUCAGGCACCCAAGUGUUACCCUAUGCCUAAUAGGACCGAUGCAGCCGCGUAUGCAGAGGCCGAAUUGGGGCUGAAGAUCGCCUGCGGGCUUGAGAUGAUAUAUCAGCUGAGAAAGCGGGAGGGUUUGGAGGGGAAGGGGAGCACAUGGGAGGCGUAUAGGGAGAGUUUGGAGAGCAGUGGUUACUUUCAAGGGUUACUUCCCGGGUCCAAGGAGUAUCAGAGGUUGAUUGACAAUGCGGAGGAGUAUUACCGAAACAGUUCUUUGUUUGCGAGGGCCAGUGGAAUGUUGAGUGCUCCAGUAAGACGAAUCGAUGAAAUUCUUGCUUUACCCCACUCAGCUGAUGAUUUUAGCAGUCAGGAGGUUCCUCCUUCUGAUGAUGAUACUUGGCUUUACAAUGGAGAAGAUGAGUUAAACUCUGCUCUUUUUGAGAGACAAAAGGAGAUGGACCUCUAUAAUUCAAAACGUAAAAAGAAACAGAAAGGACAGGAAGAUACUGAUCCUUCUUCCAGUUCGAAUCUAGAUGAGGCCGCUCUUGGUGAUAUAGCAAAAACCAUGCAGGCUUUUGUCCAUAAGGUGUCAAGUUACAAGGGAGCUGAGGUUCCUGAAAACAGGAACCUAAAAGAAGUGGACCUUAAUGUUGACCGUUUCAUUAAAGACAUCGAAUCAGUAAUGAAGCGCCAAGGUUUUGAAAAUGCUGGCAGUGAUGUUGAUGUAGAAGGGUCGUCAUCUGACUUUGAUUUGGAUGACUCCGAGGAUGAGAGUGAUAUUGCAGAACCUUCUGAGGAUAAUAAGGAUGGGGAGGAUACUUUCAUGCAUUCCUAUUCUGAUGUUAUGAAUGAAGAGUUGAAGACCACCACCCUUGAGAAAAGUUUUGUUCGUGCUAAUGAGCAAGCACCAAAGAAAGCUGAGGGAAAAUCAAAUGCGGCAGAAAAUAUGGAUGAGGAUUUCACUCCUGUGGAUGUUGAUGUGAAUCUUGUAAAGAGUUUUCUUGACUCCUUUUCAUCCCAACAAGGACUUCCUGGUCCUGCUUCCAAUUUGCUUGGGCUCAUGGGUGUGAAUCUGCCACGCGAUAAUGACAAGAAGGGUGAAUGAUUCAGCAGGACUUGUCCAGUUUUGUCUCUCUUCUCAUAGUCUAUGGUUACAUAUGUGUUUCGCAACUGUUGUGCUCAACUUCCUUUGCAAUGUAUAUGGUGUUGGCAGGGCUUGUGCAUGAUGACCACAUGCUUAUAUUAAGUUUGGCUACUUGCUAGUGAAUGUCUGUGUACUAGGUGGAGUGUAAAAACCCCUUACUGAGGAAUUUUACAUAUCUGAGUUUUUGAGGUUUUUUUCA